GAAACGCGGUGCCGGGGUUGGCGAUCUCCAGAAAAUGAACAGAAUUUCGAAAUUGUUCCAACCGUCGUUGGUUGUGCCGAAAAAUGCCACUAUCAAACACCAGGAAGCUACUUCAAAAAGCCAGAGGCUGAUGCUUGAGCAUGGACUAAUGCGGCAAGCCGGAAACGGAACCUUUCAUCUGCUGCCCCUGCUACAGCGAUCGGUACAGAAAGCGAUUGACCUAAUUGACCGGCACAUGCGAACGGUUGAUGCACAAAGGUUAACACUGCCGAUGCUAACGUCCGCGGAACUAUGGCGAAAAAGUGGUCGGCUAGGGAAGAAUGGCGAAGCGCCACCGACGGAACUGUUACAGACUAGAGACCGACAUGGGAAGCUGCAAAUUUUAGGACCAACUCACGAGGAAUCGAUAACGGCACUCAUGGCAGCGAUCGCCCCGGUUUCCUAUCGUCAGUUUCCGCUACGGCUGUACCAAAUAUCGACCAAAUUCCGUGACGAAAUGAAACCCCGUUUUGGGUUGAUGCGCUCGAAAGAGUUUCUCAUGAAAGAUCUGUACACCUUCGACGUGGAUCAAACCAAGUGCCGGCAAACGUACGAAUCGGUGAAUGAAGCGUACGUUCGGUUGUUGGCGGAAGUUGGCGUACCGUUCGUGAAAGUGGCCGGAGAUUGUGGAACGAUGGGUGGUUCGCUGUCCCACGAAUACCACUUUCCCAGUGAGGUCGGAGAAGAUGAACUGCUUCAGUGCCAGCAAUGUGGAGCGCUCACAAACGCAGAACUUUCCCCAAGCGAGUGUGAGUCCUGCGCGGGACGGGAUCCUUUCGAGCGUCAGCGAGGGAUAGAGGUGGCACACGCCUUCGUUCUGGAUGAUCGUUACACGAAGCCAUUACUGGCAACAUGUCUCCAGCCGAACGGGAAACCGUCCACACUGCAGAUGGGUUGCUACGGUAUCGGUGUGACUCGCCUGGUAGCGGCUUCGAUCGAGGUGCUUUCGAAUGAGCGCGAAAUACGGUGGCCUCUGGGACUGGCACCGUACCGUGUUUGCAUAGUUACUCCGAAGGCGGGCAGUAAAGAGGAAGCGCUAGUCAACCCGUGGGUCGAUCGGUUGUACGGUGAUCUGGAAACGGUCACAGGUUGCCGGGGCGAGAUUAUCGUCGAUGACCGCAAUCAACUGACGAUAGGCAAACGUCUUUUGGAUGCACGAAAAAUGGGCUACCCAGUGAUAGUGGUAGUCGGAGCGAAAGCUUCCCCGGAGGGCCGCGAGUUAUUUGAGUUACACAAUCUUCUCGAUGGAACGCAGCUUGACCUCUCCAUUGGUGACAUCUUAACUGCAGUUGGUUCAAUUUUCUCGAAAACCCCGGAAACUAGCUCGCCACUAAAUCAUGUCGUAAAGGUUCAGGUGCAAAAUUAGAAAAGUCCAUUGAACAGGUUUAUUACACUAGUUCCUGCAGGAGCGCACUGACCCGCGUAAGAAAAUACGCUUUUACAAUAAACGCUAGCAGGACGAUCACACAGGAGCGUGAUCGCGAAC